UAGAGAAGAGUCUAGGCUCUCUACUAGACUAGGGUCUAGGUCUAGAUUCUACAUCAAUUAAAAUAUUAAAUUUAGACUUUGGUUACGUUCAUAAAGAGAAGAAAAUACAUCAAUUAUAGUAAUAUGAGGAAUUUACAGCCAGGUAGUGUGUAAUAGAUCUAGUCUAGACUAUAUUAUUAUUGAUUUUUAUGAAAUAGAAAUGAAAUAAAUUCCUUGUCUGUGACAUAGACUAUUUUCCCACAAAAUUUCGCGCGCGCCGCCCUCGGCGGGCCCUGCACCAUACUUGCACCACGUUUCGCAUCGCAUCGGGAAAUUCAGUGUCUUACUUAGAUCUAAUUUGAAGCAACAAUGAUGUCGCAAUGCCAUUUAGAAAUGAACUGAAAGUGAAAGGCUAAUCAAUAACAACAGAUUUUCAUCACUAUGCCAAAAGUCAAAGCCAAGAAGAAGUCUUCUGAAAAAGUAGACUGGAGCAAAUACUUUCACGAACAGAAUGAAAUAUUGAAAGCAGAUUUAGGCUUGUUGCCGAAAAAGAAGAAGGAAAAGAAGAAGGAAACAGUUUGGUACUAUCCUCGUAGGAAUCCAUACACUGGACUCAUUCAUCACAAAACCAAACCAAGGAAGCGGAGCAGUGGCAAAAAGAAGGAUGCUAGUUCAGAUGGCUAUUCCAAGGAUAUUGCUCCUCAGACAGAGUUCUAUUCUGAAGAACACAUCACAGGAGAGAAUGAUAUGACUUCCAUACUAAUGGAUCUCCAGCUGGCUCUAAACAUAGAUGUCCAGGAACAAGACAAGUCCUCCUGGGCUGACAGGCAGGAGGAUCUUGAUGCCAGCUGGACGGACAUCAGAGCAGACCUCAUGAUGUUCAUGAUUGAAGGGCAGAGCUUGCCAAAUAAACUCUGCUAUAAGUGCCAAGAUGAGCCUGCAAUCAUUAAUUGCAAAGAUUGUAGGCAGUAUUUCUGUGUGGAGUGCGAUAGACUCGUCCAUCUACAAUUCUUUCUCCACGACAGAGAAACUACGAAAGAUGGAUUCCUUCGUAGAAUUCCCACAGUUGCUUCAUUUCCUGUAAUUCAUCCUGUCAAGUGCCGUGGGUGCAGUGUAGAAGGACAAUCAGCUGAGCGCAAUACAGGAUCAUCCUACAUUGCUAUAACACUUAAAGGACGCCGCAUUAUCCCACGAGCUGAAGUCUACUGCCAGAACUGUAAUUUUGUUGACACCAAGCUAGAGUUACAGACGAUAGUUGCAAAUGGGUUCUGGCCUGCAACAAUCCGGAGAAUUGUCCACAUCUUUGAGGCAGAUCUCUUGAAGUUUAUAGAUAUGCUGAUGAAGAAUAUGCCUGGGACAUCUCUGUCAUCAAUUGCUAAAGCCCUGCAAGACAUUGAUGAAUCUGACAAGGCCGUUAGCAGAGCAGCCCUGACAAGAGCUCUUAUGGAGUAUCGAUAUUGCCAACAAGCUUUGAAUGAUGUGAAGGGCACAGAUGGGAUGACAUGUCCAGCUUGUAGUUCUGGCCAACAUUCAGCUCAUGUAGAUGGGAAUUUUAAGGUUUACCGCUACAGUAAAGUGCCUCGGGGAAGUAGAAAGCCAUACUAUGAAGAUGUCUUUAUUGCACCUGCUGAAGAUGUCAACAGACACAUGGAUACUGUAUAUGAUGACCGAAGAAGACCCUCUCAGGGAGACACAAGUACCUGUGGCAACUCCCACUGGAGAGCGGCUAAAUCUUCGGCCAAAGCACGAAACAAGCUUGAUGAAUGUGGCCUGGAGGUGGCCGGAUGUCGACAUGCUGUUGCCCAAAAAGCUGUCAACAUGUUCACUGGCGAGCAGUAUGGAUAUCCACACUACAUCCAUGUCAAAUUUCUUUUGCCCCUAAAGGUAAAGUUCUUGUGGCAGGAUGUAGUGUGCAAAUACUGGCCAUGGGCAAAAAAACAAGGGGCCAAAGAUGCUGCUUAUGCUGAGGCAGUUGAGGUCAUGAAGCCUGCACUUUCAGUUAUGCAUGCAAAAGCUCACCAGUGGUCAUGUCAAGUGAUAUGGGGUGGUCGGAACCAAGAAGGGUCCUGUGGGGGAGCAGGUGAAGACAUGGAACAAUUCUUUUCCCAUCUAUCACGGCUUGGCUCUACUACCAAGAACAUGUCCUAUGCAGGUAGAGAGGACACCAUCACUGAGCAUGUUCUCUUCUGGAAUAGGAGAAAAGCUGUCAACAUGGCGCCACAGCUGUGCAAGCGAUAUAAACGGAAUGUUGAGUACAUCAAAGUGACAGAGGAGCAGCUAGCCACUCACCGCACCUCUCUUGGCAAAGAUGUAUCUGAUGAUGACCUUCGACACUGGCAGGAAGAUAUUGUGCGCAGAGCAAAAGAUGCUGCAGUAGAGACCAACAUAGAUGCUACAGAAAAUGAUAUAGAAGCUGUAGCACUCUCUAUUCGGCAGAGGAAAGUAGCUAUCUCCAAAUUUGCUGAUAGCUGUAAGCAACGAGCUCGCCUGAGACGGAAGAAUGCGACAGAAAAGUCCAAACUUGAAGAAAUGCUGGCAAGGUUGGCUGCAUUGCCCGGUGGGGCAACUUUGUCUUCGGCAGAUGCCAUCAAUGGAAAUUUUCCAUGGCACUCUGAUGGUUCGUCAUCGCAGCAAGCAGUUCCUUACGAGGUGAGGAAACAGAUGGUGGACCUGUGGGUAUUAACCCACAGGUACAGGGAGGAAGAGACUCAGCUACACUUAGAGAUGAGGAGUGUCCUGACGUACUUUAAGCAAAGGAUAGCUAAGUUAGAGGAGGAGAAAUUUGCCCUGGCCAGCCGUGCCCCUGAAGAAAUGGAGGACACUUCUGAUCGUACUGAGACUGCUGGGAGAUACACUGUGACUCCUCUGCUCACAGAGACACAGAGGAAAGGACUCAUGACUCUAAAGGAAGAGGGAGUAUGGAAGGCCAGGCAGCAUCUAUCACAUGCAGUUGUGCUGUUCUCUGCAAUUUUUGUAUGAAAUGUUACUUGUUAUAUUCCUUCUACUGGACUUACCCGCUAACAGGCCAAAAAUCCUGCGAAAAUUCUUAAACCACAAAGAUAUUUAAGGUUUUCUAUGAAGACGUCACUGUGCAACACUCUCUAACAGUGAUUAACUGUAAAUUCUCCCAACCAUUUUUGAAUUUUCUCAAACGUUUUUCCAUGAAAAUAAGACAUAAUAUAGGCUUUUAUAAAUCUGUCAGCACUUACAUAUGUCUGGAAUGGUAUCUAUAUAGAGCCAAUUCAUUGCUUUGUGACGAUUUACAUUCACCUAAAAUGUAAUUAAAGCUUAUCUGC